AUGCGGCAAUACAGGACAUACCGCAGCAACGUGUCCGGGAAACGGGAAGAUCGGGCAGUGACGGCUGUCCUCUGCUCGAUCCCCACGCCCACAGACGACAGCCUGACCAUCAUCAUCACCAUCAAAAACAAACGGGUGACCGCCCUGAUCGACACCGGAGCGACAAAAUCGUUCAUGGCGACAGACGUCGCCGAGGAGGUCGGCCUGUCUCCGCAUCCGACCCAAGCGAGGAUUUCCGCAGCAGUUCUUCACAUUAAACCCAUUAACGAAGCCCCGACAGCGCCGAUAGGCGAGGGCAUCACAUUCGUACAUGGGACGCCCGCAGAGCAACAGCAAAUCGCGGCACUACUGCGGCGCUACGCCUCUAACAUCUUUCAAUGGAGCGGUAAGCACGGACUCUUCCCGCAGCACGUUGCAUCGCUACCGACCAACGGUGAAGACCCCGAACCCAGCCGCCGCAUACGGCUCUCACCAGACAAGCGGCCAUCGUUCCAACACAUCAUCGACAAUUACACCCGCGCGGUCAAACCGGCGACAGCCAUCAUCUGGUCACCAGAGGCAACUGAGGCGUUCGAAGUGCUAAAACAAGCGAUAGCAAACGCCGCGCGGCUGGAACGGUUCGACCCAGCAUGGGACACCGAGAUCCACUGCGAUGCUUACACGCUGGUACACCGACCGGGCAAGACCCUAACGGGGCCAGACGCCCUCAGCCGCAUCCGACUGAAUACCAUCCAACUCAAGGAAAUACCAAACGAAUCCGAACGCCAGGACAUAAUCGAUGAAUACCACAUUGAAAUGGGACAUCCUAGCUGGAAACGGACGUUCCACCAACUACGCCAGCGAUACACCUGGCCUGAAAUGCGAACGCAGAUAUUUAAGAGGCUGGGAUCCUUUGAAAUCAUCCACUCGGAUGGCGCAGCGGUCUUCUCAUCCGCAGCAUUCAAACGGUUCACCAAGGCAAACCAAAUGGAAGUGCACAUCGCACAACCAUACCACCCAGAGGGCAAUGGCGCAUGCGAACGCACAAUCAAGUCCCUAACCGCCAUCCUCGCCAAAACCGCGCCAAACGCUACCUCAUGGGACCAAGUCCUGUACAAAGCCACCAUGGCAUACAAUCGGACCCCCCACUCUACCACCGGGUUGUCCCCACUCGAGCUGUGGCACAAAAAACCAAUGCCGACGCCAGCAGACAUCAAGUUCAACGCCCCACCCCGGGACAUUUCACAGCAACUCCAAGCGGUGCAACAAACCGCCCGAGACCGCCAAAGUCAAUAUAUCAAACAAGCCAACAAACGAAAGCUGCCGCCAUUCCACGUGGGGCAAAUGGUAACGCUGCGUCCGCGGCUCAAAACCACCGAACGACAUGCUGCGCACCGCCGUUUCCUGCCCAAACGCUACGGGCCUUUCAAAGUCCUCGCGAUAAACGACGAAGAUCGCCCUCGCUUUCGCCUAGGGUACGAGACCGACGACGGCUCCGAUCACCCGCACGGGCCAGCCGAAACAGACGAACACCCGAGCGACGACGAGAACGCGACCCACCAGAGCGACAGCCACAACCACGCCGCCCACGACGCGCUAGCUCCCCAAGGGAGCUCUUCAUCACCCGCACAUGGGACCAACCACGACGCCCGCAGCCGGACAGACCGACGUCUACCCAGCCCCAACCAGAUGCGACCGUCACCCGUGUCCAGCAAAGAACUUCUCCUACCCGAGAGCGUCGCCGAACCCCCGUCGCCGCAACCGCAACCAGACGUCACAGCGGCAAGAAACGCCGCUGGUUCCAGCUCUCCCCAUCGCCAUCCACGUCAUCCUCAUCAGCUGUUGAAAUGGAAAAGGACAUCAAGCCGCCAAGCGUCAUGCUCGCACAACCACUCAGCGGACAGGGGCCCCUCACCGACGAGGACUGACGAAGACAUGUCAACAUUCAGCCUCGCAAACGCACAUCAUCGGCAUCGCCCCAAACGACGGCGCCGGCGCCCAACGCGCUACCACAAUCAAAAAUCAAAUGGUACCAUGUUAGCUGUGAAACGUGUUCUUGCCCCCGUUUCUCUGCAACAAUGGCGUCACUUCAAGUCAAAUGUGGUAAAAACCAUUGGAGAAAAAGGGACCAAAGAUUCAAGCGAAUGGGCUGUUAAAAUCAAGGUGUUCACUGCUGCGCUGUCUCAUGUUCCUACCGAUGGAUGGUCGAGAGAUGCAAUUGUCAAAGGUGCUAAAAGCAUUGGUCUUCCGAGUGUAGCGCAUGGCCUUUUCAACGACGGUGCCGUGGAUUUGGUUGCCUUCUUUUACUUGAAAUGUAACGAAGACCUCACUAAGUGGAUGGAACAAGAAGUUGAGAGAUCUGCAGGAUCAUCACAGAUUCAUUGUUCGAAAACUGAUUUGAUUCGGGACUCAGUCAAGCACCGUCUGGAAAUGAUUUUGCCCGUAGAAGCGCAGUGGCCGCAAGCCAUGAGCCUCCUAGCCUUGAAUCCGCGCACUGGAUUGUUAGUUCUAUCCGAUUUGAUGGACGAUAUUUGGCAUGUUGCUGGAGACGAUGAAUCCCAGGAUUUGAAUUGGUAUAGCAAGCGGUUAGGGCUGACUGCGCUCUACAAGUCAACAGAGAUCUUCAUGCUUCAAGAUGUUUCCCCCGAAAAAUCCAACACUUGGGAGUUUUUGGAUCGGCGCAUUGAGAACUUAUUUGCCAUGUCGAAUUUUGCCGAGAAUGCUGAAGUGGCGCUAGCUUUUAGUACAAAAGCUGCGAAAGGUUUAGGACUAAGUUGCAAAGCUGACCAUGAAGAUUUGGGCAGUCAGCUCCAAAACGUGAAUAAGGUGAAGAGAAGGGCUGAAAAGUUGGAGUUGACGUUUAAGAAUCUGAAAAUGCUGCUGUUGGUGAAGGAGAUGGAAUUGCACUCCACCAAGGGUACCAUGAUAGACGCCUUGGACUGA